AUGGAGCGAACAAGUAGCAUUAGGAGAAAAGCCAUGGGUAGGCGACACAAGGCCGAAGUCAUGAUUGCUGGAGAACAACUCAGGUUGAGACUUCACGAUGGAAAACAGAUUAAGGAGCGACGCUACCACCUGCGUACGUAUCCCAACUGUUUUGUCGCACAGGAGCUAAUAGACUGGCUGGUGAGCCAUAAGGAAGCUCCAGAUAGAGCAACAGCUGUCUGUCUCAUGCAGCACCUCAUGGACCAUGACAUUGUUCAUCACGCCUGUGAUAAGAGGUCAGUAUUCAAGGAUGCCAAACUGCUUUACCGCUUUCGGAAGGAUGAUGGCACAAUUCCCUUUAAUUUAGAAGUGAAGAUCUUCAUGAGAGGACAACGGCUGUAUGAACACCUCAUAGGGGAGAAGAACUCCUUACUGCAGCUGAGAGAGGAGCAUGGUGUUGCAUAUCAGCGUGCCUUUCCUGGCUGUCAGUUGAUUGACUGGCUCCUUCAGAACGGAGAAGCAGAGAACCGGCGCCAGGGCGUGGAGUUGUGCCGUGCAUUGCAGGAGCAUGGCAUCAUUCGGCAUGUGGCAAACAAACACGACUUCUUCGACAGUGGCGUGCUCUAUCAGUUCUGCAUCAAUUUUCGCCGCAGACGCCGACUAUCGGAACUUUUAAAUGAAGGCGAAGAAGACAACAGCACUGAAGGUGUGGCGGUGUCGACACAAGAAGACAACCACUCGGACAGUCCAUUUGUUGUGCCCAAAAACCCAUACCACGAGGGCAACAGUGCUUUCAACACUGUGGGAUCGAGUACAGCCCUGAAACUAGCUACAAGUGGGCACAGGGGCAGCUUGAAUUCCCUUCAGCUUCACUCUGCUGGAUUUCCACCUUUUGCCCAGUCAUCCUCCGCCUCAGUGGUGAGAUGCAACCCUAAAUCAGUGCUUACACGACAUGUUACAUGUGAAGAAUUAUCUGCGCCUGGUGCACCCUUCAUCAAGAAAGUGUUGACUGUGAUAGGAGACCCCCUGGGCUGGGGUUUUGUCGUCAGAGGCCGGGCUCCCUGUUAUGUGCAGGCCGUUGACCCUGGAAGUCCAGCAGCAGCUGCUGGAGUUAAGGUGCAGCAGUUUGUGUGCCAGGUGAACGGUCAGUGUGUUCUCGACCUGGACUACAGGACCAUGACCAGGCUGGUGAUGACUGGACCUCGCACUGUUGUACUGGAAGUGAUGGAACCACUGGAAUGACAACAAUUUGUCAGCUUCUUUGGACAUCUUCUGGAUUUUAAAUAUAAUGUUGUUGAACAUAUUUUGUGAAGGGGGCAGAGGUCAUGUGCUCAUUGGCAGGAAACAAACAAAUCAGAGAAUGUUUAUCUUGGUUUGAGCAAGAGUAAACAAUGCAAAUGGUUGUUUUUUUACGAACCUGAAUGCCCGAACAAUACUGUAUGUUUUUUGUAACUGAAAAU